GCAGUGAAAGGGGCAUAAGAUGUGGUUUUCGACAUCCCGCAAGGUUCAUUGUAACUGCAGGAGACGACACAUCAACCUUCACUACGCCAGCAGAGGCAGAGAAUUUCCUUCGUGCGAAGGUGAAAGACUGGUGAACCUGCUCAUGUGGAGAAACGGUAGAGAAUUGCCCCCUGUGGUUGCAGUGAGCUUCAAUGAGAAGUCUCGCUAUGGUCAGCUGACCAUGUUGGAAUGCCAUAUGUAUGAUUUCUACUCAAAAGACAUUGCUGUCACCUGGCUGAAGGAUGAGACAGUGGUCAAUGAGGGCAUAUUCCAGUCUGAGACAAUGGCCAGUGGGGACUGGACAUACCAGUUCCAUUCAUACUUGGAGCUUGUACUUCAACAGGGGGAGAAAGUGAGCUGUCAAGUGGAGCAUAGUAGUUUCAAGAAGCCCCUGGUUGUUUUAUGGGGUGAGUUCUGUCAGGGAACUAGGGUUCAUGUUAUUUAGGUUCAGCCAUUUUAUGAGAC